CCUAUCAUCUAUAUAUACACACGUUAUUCCAAUGCCAAACCAAGUCCUCUUAUUCUUCUCUAUCAAAUAUUUGUCUACUUCUUUCUCUUCCAAAUUCGUUUUAGAACUUCAAUCUUUUCUGAAGUGACAACAUAUAAAUGACUAUCCGAGUUCCAGCCAUCAUGCAUGUUAAGCAGCUUCUCCGCCGGUCUGUUUUAAGCAGUAAAGAAGCAGCUUCCACGGCUAAAAAUGUUCCGAAAGGCUACUUUGCAGUCUAUGUUGGAGAGGACCAGAAGAAGCGGUUCAUUCUACCUAUAUCAUACCUUAAUGAACCUUCAUUUCAGAAAUUGCUACAUAAGGCAGAGGAAGAAUUUGGGUUCGAUCAUCCAAUGGGUGCUCUAACAAUUCCUUGCAGGGAAGAGGUCUUUAUCAACUUCACGUCUGGCGUAAACAGAUCGUGAUACAUGGAACUGAAAUCAAUCAGCAAAACAUAUUUGUAGCCUUAGGCACGAUUGCUUCUCUUUCUGGAGAAGGAUUGGAUGGCCAAUGAAUGCACAGCCAUUUUCGAAUGUUGCAAAACAGAAUUUACUGCAGUACCUGAAGAAUAUGUCCACUUGCAUCAGACCGCGGACUGCUCAGGUUAAGCAAAUAUAGGUUGCGCAAGAGGCCACAAGUGUGUUAAAAGGCAAGUUGUCGAAACUCCGAGGAGAUGCUUCUGAGAUUCCCAACUUCAUACCUGCAGUUACUUUAAGCGGGGAUGAAGCGUUGGUUCAAUCAUCCUAUGACUGGUUCUUCGAAAGUCCCAUACAGAGAAGCCAUCAGUGAUCUUUCUUUUAGUCUGGGAAGCUUAUGAGAGAUGAUAGACAUGAUGUCGGGUAGUGCUGGAAAACUGAACUCUCCAACACCACUAACCCAAAAAUUUGUGUUUCUUUUUUGAAUUAAGAGGAUUAGGUAUUGCGAAGAUCAUUGUAAAACUUUCUAUUUAUAUAUAAUGAUAGUUGGGAAUCAAAACUUCCAUGCACAUAUUUCGAA